AUGGUCCAAGCGCUACUGAAAAACACCAGCACGAACGGGUGGGUGGUGCAAAAGUUUGGUGGCACGAGCGUGGGCAAGUUUCCUGAUAGGAUUGCGGAGGAUAUCAUCAGGACGCAUGUGGAGAAUAAUCGGCUGGUGGUGGUGUGCUCGGCGAGGAGCACGGGGAAGAAGGUGACGGGGACCACGAGCAGGUUAUUGGAGGUGUACAAAAAGCUUAGGGCUAUUGUUGCUUUGGCUGGUGAUGAGGAGUCACAGGAUGUGCUACUGGAGGAGGCCAAGCGCAUUGUUCAGGACAUAUUGGAUGAUCAUGUGGAUGCGGCCGAGACUUUUAUCAAGGAUGCGGAGCUGAGCGCGGCCGUGAAGAAGUAUACGGAGAAGGACUGCCACUUGCUCAAUGAGUAUCUCUUGGCUGCUAAGCGCUUCAAUUUGGAGAUCAACUCGAGGGCGAAGGACAGGGUGGUGAGCUUUGGUGAGAAGCUGAGCUGUAGGUUUAUGACUUAUCUGCUCAAGGACAGGGGAGUCGAUGCCGAGUAUGUUGACUUGGCUGACGUACUACACCUUGACAGCCCAGGGCGGCUCGAUGCCGGCUUUUACCGUCAAGUCACCGCCGUCAUUGCCAAGAAGAUGCUUGCGUGUGAGGACCGUGUACCAGUCGUCACUGGCUUCUUCGGUAACGUCCCUGGAAGUCUUUUGGAUGGUGACAUCGGCCGUGGCUACACGGAUCUCUGCGCUUCCCUGGCUGCUGUCGGCCUCAGGGCUGAAGAGCUUCAGAUCUGGAAGGAAGUUGAUGGCAUCUUCACCGCCGACCCUACCAAGGUCCCCACCGCCAGACUCAUCCCUUCCAUCACCCCAGCGGAGGCCGCCGAGUUGACCUUUUACGGCUCCGAAGUCAUCCACCACUUGACCAUGGACCAAGUGAUCAAGGCCCAGCCCCCAAUCCCCAUCAGAAUCAAGAACGUCAAGAACCCCCGCGGCGAAGGCACCAUCGUCAAGCCAGACCCUACCCUGGCCGCCGACCAGCAGAUCCAACGGCCGAGGAAACCAUCCGACCCAUCGGCCCGCAAGAAGCCGAAGCGUCCUACUGCCGUGACGGUCAAGGACAAGAUCUCAAUCCUCAACAUCCACUCGAACAAGAGGUCGAUUGCCCACGCCUUUUUGGCGAGGGUGUUUUCCAUCCUCAACCAGAGGCGUAUCUCGGUGGAUUUGAUCUCCACGAGCGAGGUGCAUGUUUCCAUUGCGGUACAUAACGGCAGCUCCGAGUAUGACAGCCUGAACCAGGCUGUGGAGGAGCUGAGGGAGUGCGGCGAUGUGACGGUGAUUCACAACAUGACAAUUUUGAGUCUGGUGGGGGCCGAGAUGAAGAACAUGAGGGGUAUUGCGGGCAAGAUGUUUUCGACGUUGGGUGAGAAUUCGAUCAAUAUCGAGAUGAUUUCUCAGGGUGCCAGCGAGAUCAACAUCUCGUGCGUGAUAGAAUCGCGGGAUGCUGAGAGGGCCAUGAAUAUCCUGCACACGAGCUUGUUUACUUUCCUUGAGUAUGGGAACUAA